AUGACGCCGGAUGCCGGGCUGGCCACCAGGUCUCCCUUCGUGUUUGUGGAACAGUUGCAUGAGGGACAACCGUAUGACACCAUAACGUUUCCGGAUGCCUUUGAGAUUUUACCGAAUAGCUGGCAGUACAAGUCCGCUAUGGGCGCCGUGCCGAGUGCGAACUCGUCUACAGUGGCGGGUGCAAGCAACUCUUCUCAGAGCAGCAGCACGUGCUUGUCAUCGCUCAGUAGCGAUGAGGAGCACGUGCUCGUGCUUCGCGGGCUGCAUGAGGAGCAGCGGCUGCAGCUGGCACGUCGGGUACGGGAACGAAGAGAUCUGCAAAUGAGGUCGGGACAGAUACCCCUUGACGCGUGCUGCCGCCAGCCAUAUGUGGUGAGUGUGGUGGCGAGAGAACUGACCGCAGAGGGGCGGCGACGUGCGGAGACGCGGAGUGUGCCGCAUAUUUUGUGGGCAACGAGGAACAGAGCGUUAACCGCUUUUUAUGCAGAGCAGCGUCGCCGGUGUUUGCUUCUGCUGGCGUCACGGCUUCAGGAGCGGACGGAGCUGGAACACUACGCAGGCACCACGCGGGACAAGCUUCGGCUCUCUCGAAAAAAGCGGCUCUGGGCGUCCUAUAAGGAGAAUAAGAAGUCUUUUUUUUCUCCCGUUGCCGCUGACGAGUGUGAACCGGAUAGCAGUGAUUUCCAGUACGUCCAUGUACAUGGAAGGUAA